GCCAAGGUCGAAUAUGGGUUCCUUUUACCUUCCGACCGAUACUCAGACCAAUGAUCCACAGCCAGAUUCAGUAUAAAUACCACACCCAUCUGGAGAGCUCAAGCCGAAGAACUCAAUAACAAAGAUUACCCAGCAAGGAAGCUGAUUCUGAAUGACUUUGUUCUUUAAUUCUUUGGCCUUGAGACUCGUUUUUAUAGGCCUGUGAAGCCAACCCCAUUUGCAUAGCAGACACACAUCUCAUAAUCUGAUCAUGGGUUUGAAGAAGGGUACGUGGAAAUAUGCGUUUCCCAGCUGUUUCAGGCAUACCGGCUCCAGGAAUGUUGCUUUGAAACGAAGGUCGCUGAAGAGGCUGUGUAGUUCUCGCAUUGCGACAGACCUUGAUGUGUUUACUCUGGCGGAGGUGAGGGCGAUUACUCAUAACUUCUCUUCGAGUAGUUUUCUGGGUGAAGGUGGGUUCGGACCAGUGUACAAGGGGGUCAUUGAUGAGAAGGUUAGGCCUGGAUUUAAGGCUCAGCAGGUGGCUGUUAAGGUGCUGGAUUUGGAUGGUCAGCAAGGCCAUAGGGAGUGGCUGGCUGAAGUAAUCUUUCUUGGGCAAUUGAGGCAUCCCCAUCUGGUGAAAUUGAUUGGAUAUUGCAGUGAGAAGGAGCAAAGGGUGCUGAUAUAUGAAUACAUGGCUAAGGGAAACUUGGAGAACCAGCUCUUCAGAAGAUAUUCAGCUUCUUUGCCAUGGACAACAAGAGUCAAGAUUGCUCUAGAGGCUGCAAAGGGCCUUGCUUUCCUCCAUGAAGAGGAGAAUCCAGUGAUAUUCCGAGAUUUCAAGGCUUCAAACAUCUUAUUGGACUCGGACUAUACUGUUAAGCUCUCUGAUUUUGGCCUAGCAAAGGAUGGUCCAGAAGGUGAUGAAACGCAUGUCACGACUCGGGUUAUGGGGACAGAAGGCUAUGCUGCUCCGGAAUAUAUCAUGACUGGUCAUUUGACAACAAUGAGCGACGUAUACAGCUUUGGUGUAGUGCUUUUAGAGCUGCUAACAGGGAGACGGUCCACGGACAAGAGCCGGCCCAGUAGAGAGCAGAACCUGGUGGGGUGGGCAUUGCCAUUUUUGAAGGAUCCCCAGAAGCUCAAGCGAAUAAUCGACCCCAAGCUCGAAGGGAUGUACUCAACAGAAGGAGCCAAGAGGGUAGCCAUGCUGGCCAACCAAUGCUUGAGCCAAAAGGCCAAGUGCAGACCCAGAAUGAGCUCUGUGGUCAAGACUUUAGAAUCUCUCAUGGACUUGGCAGACACUGGAUUUAUGCCUUUUGUCUACAUUGUCCCAGCAGAAGGCCAAAAGAAAGGUGAAGCACAAAUUACCUUAAGGGUGUGUGGGAAAGAUGAAGCAGAAGCAGAAGCAGAAGCUAAUCACAACAAUGGAAAAGAAGCUGGAAAAAAAGACGAAAAUAAAGAGAUUGGGCUGCUCAAAUGUCCUAAAGGCCUUAGACAUACGCAUAGAUUGAGUCAAUUCAGGUCAGGUCCUGUAUACUCUGAUAAUAAAUUUUGUAUCACUCUUCAAACUGGCAUGAACUGCACAAAUCAGUAGAGCAAAUGUAAAAAUGAGUUCAUGAACAUACGAUUAACUCUACUGCAAGUUAAAAAUAUAUACAGAUCAGGAAUAAGAAAGCUUAGUCUAGUUUUUUCGAUAUCAGUUUCUUAAUCCUGGAUAUGUACUCAGUUCCCAUUCAAUCAAGAUAACCGAACCAUUUCCUCUCA